UUUAUAAAUAUUUUAUUAUUAUUAUUCUUUGCAAAUGUUGACUUGACGAUAAUAAUAGGAUCAAGAACACAAUCGUUACUUUAAAUGGAUGUUUCGAAUCGUCAUCAGUACAGCGGUUCCUCCAAUAUUAUGUAUUUGCAGUCAAACUAAUCUUAACUUACUGCCUCUCAAAAAAAUGUAUAUUUAGCCUCAAGGAUAUUCUCUUGGACUGAGAUUGGCAAAAUACACCUGAAAUCAUAAUUCAUCCUUGUGGGGCAAAAACUAAAAAGGAAGAUACCCAGUAUGGAGAAGGUAUAUGUAAAAUCCGAACUAAUAUGGGAGACUGAAGCUACAGAAUCAUCAGAUGCCCUGAAAACUGAGACAAUUGCAGAUAACACAGCGAUUGAGCAGGACAAGAACACUUGGGAAAAUAUUUAUGACACAGUAGUGAAAACUGACCCAGAUGAUCACAAAAUAGGAAACAACGCUUCAACCGAUAAUAUUAACGAUACAGUUGUGUUCAAAACUGGAGCAGAUAUUGAUAAUACAGCACUUAAACUGGAGAGCGACGUAUCAUCCGAUAGUGUAAAUAUAAAUGAUACAGAUGUAAGAAAAACUGAGACUGAUUGUUACAAUAAUACAGAGCUGGAAACUAGGGCAGAUGCUGACAAUACAGCAAACAACGCAUCAUCGGAGAAUAAUAAUGACACAGUUUCGCUAAAAACUGAGCCGAAUCAUGGCAAUGCAAAGCCAAAGCUUGAGAACUUCCCGUCACCCAUCAAUAUUACUGUCACAGUGUUGAAAGCAGAGCCAGAUGUUGAUAGUGUAGAAAAUAAAGCAACAUCUGAUAAUAUUAAUAAAACAGUUGCCUUAAAAACUGAGGCUGACUUACAUAAUGAUAUAACUCGUAAGGUUAACUUAUCAUUUGUCGAUGAUACUGGUCCUAAAAGUCUUCACGUCGAAAAGCCCAAAAGAAAAUACAAACCUAAACCUAAAAAGGAACACGUUUGCGAAAUAUGUAACAAAAAAUUGAAACAUAAUUUCUUACUAAGAAACCACAAACGGAUUCACACUGGUGAAAAGCCGUUCACCUGCGAAACAUGCAAUAAGUCAUUCACACGAAAAACCAUCUUGAAACAUCAUCAGCGAACACACACUGGGGAGAAGCCGUUUAAUUGCGAUAUUUGUAAUAAACCCUUCGCUUAUAAAACUCAUUUAGUCGAGCAUAAAAGAAUUCACACUGGGGAAAAUCCGUACUCGUGCAACGUAUGCAACAAGCGGUUUAAGCGCAAAACACAUCUAUCGCUCCACGAACUAAAUCAUAUGGAUAAACCAUAUACCUGUAAAACAUGUAACAAAAAAUUUACACAGGAAGUACUCUUGGCGAGACAUGAAAGGGCCCACACUGGUGAGAAGCCGUUUUCUUGUGAGACAUGUAAGAAACAGUUUUCGGAAAAACAUAAUUUAACGAUGCAUACUCGUGUUCACACAGGUGAGAAACCAUACUUUUGUAAUACAUGUAACAAAAGGUUCUCUCAGAAAUACAACUUAUCUACACAUGAGCUAAUACACGUAAGAGACAUGCCGUUUUCUUGUGAUGUGUGCAAAAAGCGAUUUAGGCUUAAAUCUAACUGGAAAAAACAUACGCGUGAACACUGAGCGAUGUGAUUUUAAAAUACAAAGGCUUUACGUGUCAAAAUAUCAAGAAGCGGAGUGUUCAGGCCAAAUAUUGUUCUAUAGCUUUCCAAUAGAGCACAGUACAAUUAUUGAAUCUCACCCAAACACGCGCUUCACAUAAUUAGGAAACUGUGAGUUUUAUCCUUGAUUAAAUCCUUGAUAGAUAAUUGA